UGCAACUCUCGCCUCGUGAGAAUCGUGUGGGCUAUCCCGUAAGUCGUUCAAAGAAAGUGAGUCGGUUUUGCGAUCAUGACUCAGCUGAUCCGGACCAACUGAGCAUUCAGACUUUUUCAUAUUGAAUUUUCUGAGCCAAGCUGACAAGUUCGAUCAGGAUCCGUGAAUGGAGGCUCCAGCGGAACAGCGGCUAGCGAAAGUCAGCGAGAACGAACGGAGAAAAAUGGAGGGGACUUCGACGGAAAGUCACUACCUACGUCUUUUGAAGAUUCUCGCACCUCAAUUCCAGAUCGUUCAGCGGACCUUGACCGUGAGAAUGUGUCGCUUCGACGAGACCACCGAGAAAAGGAUCUUAGAGGUCUCAGAGUAUUUAUAUAAAUACUUCGACGGAGACCUUGCUGAAACAUAUCAGGCGGCCUACAAGGAUCGAGCGUUCGGAAAGCCGUGGGAGCCAGAGCAAGUUAGCGCUGCAGCUCUCGAAGCCCUGAUUUCACACUGCGGAACUAUUCAAACAGGAAGCGAACCUGCUCGGGAUGGAUCGACGUCUAGAGCCGAGAACACCUCUUCGGAGGUUUCCCGUGAACAGCCGCAGGUUGUUGAGCGGCGACAUCUCGCGGAGAUUCCUCAAUACGACGAGAGCACGGAGAAGAUAAGCGCGGACCUCGCGGAACUUCUCUUCGAGAUCUUCCCCUAUGAGUCGAAUGUCGCCGAACACUAUCAGUCGACGCACAAAGAUCGAGCGUUCGGGAAGCCGUGGGAGCCAGUGACAUUGAGCGCAGAAGCCCUCGAAACCCUGAUAUCACACCUCGGAACUGCCCAGAGUGAAAGACUACCGAAUGAUGUUCAUGAACAGGCGCCGGUCGGUGAGCAGGAGCAUCCCGCACAGAUCCACCGAUUCGAUGAGAGCACAGAGAGGAGAAUCGCGGAAGUUUCGAGGAAUUUGUUCCAGACCUUCGACCACUUCAACCUUGCCAAAGCCUAUCAUGCGUGGUACAGGGAGGGAACAUUAAGACAAUCGUGGCAGCCGCGGCAACUGACCGCUAAGGAGCUCAACGCUGUGGCUUCGUACGCUGGACAGGUCACUCACGGACCAGACGAUGCCGUCCUUCACGGUAUGGCCAAGAGCGGGGAAGGAGCCCCCUCUCUACGUUCUCUCGAAGAAACCUACGUUAGUCUUUUGGGGCAAGCACCUAUCGCCUUCGAGCUCGAUCAAGAAGGCAUUCUAUCGAGACUACAGCGAGAUGCAAGCGAGAGGGAAAUUUCCACGGGGCGAUCCGGGAGCCUCUGAAAGCCAAAAUCGAUUCGAGAGGGCUUCAUGGAUGAACGUGAUAGCAAGCUCGGUCCUCUAAACAGCUCAUUUUCUGAUACUCAGCGGCACUCGUGAUGUCCAAGUUUUCGCCGCGAGAUGUUGCUUUCAAAAUGGUCCUGACUUCAUAACUAUUGUACAACUUACAAGACUCAUCUGGAUUGUGGUAGUUGAUCAAGAUACUGGAAAUAUUUUUCAAUCAUAUAAUGAAAAGAAAGGAGUCGUCGGGGAGAGUCUCGUUCACCAUCGACAGGGGAAUCUUGAAAAUUGUCAUCGAGGUUUUUUAUAGUCUGUUGUCGAGUCGAGAAGGAGAGCUCUACCUCUAAUCAAAAUAAAUGGAAUACGAAA